ACUGCCUUGUUGCUGAACAGUUCUGUACAAAUAAACCUGAUCGAUUGAUUGAUCAUAGCGUCUAAUAUCUGUGUGUACACUAUUAAUUAAUUUUUUCAUGGUAAGCAGUUCAGGCAUCAGCUUAUGUAAAGAAUGAGUGCAAUGACAUUAAAACUGAUAAGUUACUUUCUUGUUCCUACAUCCUGAGUGUGAGCAUCUUAAACCACUCAGAAGUAAAAGAUAGAGGUCAAAAGUGUUGGUUUUUUGUAGUGAGGGACUUGAAAAAGAGAGAAGACAGGAAGAAGCAUCUGUGGUGGCCGCGGUUAAAGACGCAGCAGCUGCUUCACAACCUGCAGCUUCAGCCAGGCCAGAUUCAAAGUUUCAAACAAUCGUUUUCAGAACAUUUCGGUUCAUUAUUCAGAUGCAUACUCUACCAGAACCUUAAAGAAAUGCUGGAAUGCCAACAAGGUCAAUCUCGCUUUUCCAGGAAGAGUUUCAGCAGCCUGCCUUCAUCAAUGUUCACAGAUAUUUACACAUCCCAGUGAGAGAAACAAAUGUUCUGUUUACUGUAGAUUCAAAUUCAGAGUUUGCUCUAAAGAAAGGCUUUUUGAUAUGUUUCCGUGUUUGUUGGUUUUGUUUUUGACUUGCAAAUGCGACAGAGAGAAUGUGCUGUAUGGAUCCAGAGCCUGAAGGACGGAGCCGCGUUUGAGGCUGGCAGGCAGGUGAGUCCUGCAGGUGAGGCUCGCUUCAGGCUCAGCUGACCCAGAGGAAUCAGUGAUGACCAACAACUCCACCAACACCACCUGUAAUCCGGUCAAGGGAUCAUCUCUUCAUGGAUUCAUAUUCUUCUACAGUUUGGUGUUUGUGGUGGGUUUGAUCCUGAACAGCUACACCUUGUGGUUCCACCUCUGCCGCGCUCAGAAGAAAGUCCCUAAGAGCUGGAUGAUCUACCUGAAGAACCUGACGGCAGCCGACUUCCUGCUCUGCCUCGGACUUCCUCUCCGCAUCGCUGACUAUGCAGGCACGUCCGACAAAGUUCACCUGUUCUACUGCACCUAUGGAGCCCCCAUCUUCUACAUCAACAUGUACAUCAGUAUCCUACUUAUGGGCUACAUCGCUGUCAACAGGUACAUGAAGAUCUUUCAUCAUCUCAGGACUUCCUUCCUGAUGACGGCUCAAGCUGCCCGCUUCCUCUCAGGAGCCACCUGGGUUUUCUUCCUGGUUCCAAUGCCUGCAUACAUCAUCCUGAUGCUGAACACCGACAAAGCUUCUGUUUCUGGUGCCAGGACUUGUGAUGUUUUGCAGAGUGAAUCAGUCAAAGUAUUCUACAAGCUUUUUCAUGCUGGUGUUGCCAUCAUCUUCCUGUCAGUGCUCUCCUCUCUGCUCUUCUGCUACUGCAGCGCCUCCCGCAGGGUUUUGCAGAUCCAGCGGAAGCAACUGGGCUCCUUCAACUCCAAGAAGCUUGUGAAGUCUCGCAGGAACAUGUUGGUGAUAGUCAGUGUGUUCUGUACCUGCUUUCUUCCCUAUCACCUGGUUCGACUUCCGUACAUCAUACUUCGAGGACAGUGUUAUGACGUGCUCUAUUACCUGAAGGAGGCGACUGUGCUAAUAUCAGUUUUUAAUGUCUGUCUGGAUCCUCUGAUUUACGUCUUUCUUUGUAAGGAGUUCAGGGCCCAGUUGAACCUGCAGGGCAUGUUCUCUACUACAAAAGACAACUCAAGCAUCUCGGUCUCAGAGGCUAAAGGUGAAGCGGGGAAAUGGGAAACCAACAAAUCCAGUAGUGAAAACACAGAUUUCCAUGAACUGGGAUAAAGGGAAAUGGAUGGAUGCCAUCGGGAUUGUUCUGGUUCUGGAAACCAAAGACAGGUCGUCACCCAAAAAACUAGUUCAAGACACAGAAAGCUGUGAAGUAUGAAAGCUCAGGUGUCAUGGUAUGGAGACUCUUCUUUCACCAUGGUGUCUAGUUUGAAUGCUUCAAUAUAAAGAGACCAAGCUACCCUAUGCAAAGGGCCAGUCCUUUGCUGGGAUAUCCGUUUAGAGGUGCCAGAACCAGGUGGACUCCACAUCCACCCGCCAAGCAGUUCUCAGAAACUAAAAAUUAGUUCAGUUAUUGACAGGAAAGUUGAUUGAUUAGAAAACUUUUCCUUUUAUAGCAAAUGUUUGAGCUUGUAAAGAAAAAAUGCUGCAGGUGAAGUUCCUGGUUGAGUGAAACCAAAUAUUGGUAAAAAUGUUCUUCAUCUUUUGAUUUGAAACAAGUUAAACUCUGUUUGCAUUUGAAUGUAUGGAAAUAAAGCUACUCACUUCUGCAAAGAAGAGUGUUGUGAUUGUGAAAACAACUGUGUGGAAAUGUGAUGAAAUUCAGGGCAAACAUUCAAAUUAGGAAUCAUUUACUCUCACAUGCCAGAGUUUAUUAAUGCCACUCCACACUGCAAAAACAUAAAAUACUACCAAGUACUUGUGGUCUAAUUUCUAGUGUAAGUAUCUUAGUAUACUUGAAAUGAGGCAAAACUAACUUACAAGUAACUUUUCAGCAAGACAGGAGCUUGUUUUAAGU